AUGAUUGAUUUUAGUUAUCUGCGACCUCCAGCUGAUGUAUAUUAAAUCAAACAUGAUUGUAUAUUAUCUUAUAUUAUAUAUAGCAUACUAUAUAAAACAUGGAGAGGGGAAAAGUCAUGUUAGAAAAAUAUUUUUUCAUUAAGAAUUUGAUGAAUAUGAAAAAUAAAAAAUAAAAGAGUUGACAGAAAGUAUCCAAUAACAUAAAUUAACAUUACCUCCUGAGUAAUAUUAUUUUAAAGCUUUAGUUGGUGUUAAGAGUUGACUCUUAAAUAUUGUUAUUCAGGAGGUUUUGAAAUUAGUAAAUGUAUUUAAAGGUUACAAAAACAUUUGGAAUGGAUUAAUGAUGAAAAUUAUCAAGUCUUAUCUCCAGAGGCUGAAUAAUAUUUAGUUUUAAAUUAAUAAAUAUUCAAUCUAGAAAUAAGGCUACAUUUAUUAAUUUGGAAGAGAUCCAUAAUACCGACCAGUUGUAUAUAUAUAAUUACAUUUGAUUUCAAAAAACAAACUUCAUGUACCCACUCUUUUAAAUGCAGCAACUGCUAUUGGAAAUAUGGUAACUAAAUUUAUGUAUACUCGUGGUUAUGUUGAAAAUUGGAUAGUCAUAUUGGAUAGUGGUGGUAGUGGAUUAUUUGAUUUUCCAUUCUCCACUCUCAAUAUGAUUAAUGAAUUCUUUUCAAUCAAUUUCACUAGUUCAUUGCAUAAAAUGUUUAUUUUGAAUCCUUCCUUCUUUUUUAAUUCAUCAUGGAAAUUAAUUGAAAGUAUUUCCAAUUUUUAUAAUAGAAAUUAUUCACCCUGAAACUGCUGCAAAAAUCAAUUUUCUAAAAGCUACAGAUUUUUAUAAAUUAUAGGAAUUAAUUCCAGCUGAAGAAAUAGAAAUCAAAUAUGGAGGUCAACAUCCAAAUCUAACUAAUUUUUGGCCUCCUAUAAAUACUAAAGCUCAAAUUAAUUAGCCAAAUGAUGAGUUUUAAUAAAUAUAAAGACCACCUACUCUUACAAAACGUACUUAAAGUUUCAAAGAAUCUGAAUAUUUUAGUAUUGAUAAUAAUUCUAAAGAGUUUUAUAAUAAUUCUAAAAUGAAAGGUAAUCUAUUAUUAAAGUAGAAUAUCGAAUACAUGAACAGUUUCAAGUAAUUGAUUAAUAACACUCAAAAUGUUGUUCUUGUAAAAUAAUGUGACAAAAAAUAAUUUAUUUAUUAAAUAUUAAAUAUUAAAUGGAUAGAGAUCUUAUAAAAGGAAAUAAAUUAUGUUAUAAUUAUGAAAAAGAACGAUUAAGAUAAAUUCAUAAACACAAUCUUUAGAUAGCACAACCUUUAAGUAUUUUACUUAAAAACAAUUAACAGUUAGAACCUAAAUGGAAAGGUUAUCAUAAAACUAAAAUAAGAAACUCUAAUUAUAAGAAGAGAGAUUUACUGAAAUUGAAAGAGAAAAUCGUAUAUUAUUAGAAAAGAUUCAAAAUAUUAUGAGUAAUAUUCUAAUCUCUAAUUAGAUAAUGAACGCAAAAGAGCCACUUCUAAUUGGUAAAAUAAUAAUAUGACAGCCUCAAAUUUUAAUUAAUCAUAAUCAGUUCAUAGGAAAUAAUCACUCAAUAAAGAAAAAAGAAAAAAAGAGUUAGUCAGAAUUACAAUUGAAAAUUAAAGAUUAAUGAACAGAUUAGUUACUAAAAAACCUAAUUAUAAUACAAAAAUUAUUUUGAAGCAAACCUAAAAAUAAUAAUAAUUAGUCUAAUAAAUAGCUGAAUAUCCACUUAAAAGGUCUAGGAUGUAAAGUUCAUAUAAAUAAAAAAGCAUUGAUCUAUCAAGUAAAUAUAAAAUAUCAUAAAAGAGAGUAGUUUUAUGGGUUGUUUACCUACUUAAACUAAUUACACACCAAAUAAUUAACCAUCCAGAAAAAUUAUGCUUUAUAAAUCAAAUAAAAUAAUAAAUGAUAAAUCAUAUUACAUUGAGGUAUUUUAUGAAGAUGAGUAAAAAUUAAAUAUAUUCAUAUUAGUUUAUUUAAAAUUACUGUUGAUGAUAAAGAAUGUCCAAGUACAAAAGUUUUUGAGAUGCCUUAAGAAGAUGGUUAAUUAGUUUUGAAAGAGAUUUAUAAUAAUAAUAUCUUAUAAUUAGUAGAUGCUAUAAGUAUUGAUGAGAACAUACAUCUUGCAGGAUUGGAAUAAUUUGAAGAAUCUCAAUGA